ACACAAUAUCACAAAACUUCAACUCCUAUACAUUUUUAGAAACCUUACAUGACAUAAAGAUUAAAAAAUGAAACAUUAGUAAUAUUUUAUCAUUGUAGUUAAUUUCCUGGUACCUUUAAGUUAAGGCUUGUUCCUUAUAGUCCUAUGCAAAUUUAUGACUUUUGAAAAUUAAUUUAUAGCUAUUACCAGAUCUGUAUGAUUAUAACAUCAUGAUUAAUAAAACAUAUUAGCACUUGUAAUUCUGUCCUCAAUCUUCUUUCAGUGGGUUUUUUUGUUUUUCUGAUAAUAUUGACAGCUAAAAAAAUUCCCUAUUUUAGCAAGUUUGAAUAGAGUUAUCUCCCUUUUAGGAACUCUUUGUAUCACUAAUCAUAAACAAAUGGAAGUCACAGUGACAUAACAUGACUAGCAGAAGUUGCAAUUUUUCGAUAUUUUGUAACACAGAGUGUGGUUUAUCCCCUUACUACAAAGAAGAAUCAACUGCUACAUCUAUUGCACAUUGUUGUAAAAAUAUUGACAAUCAUUUGGCUUCAGUUGGGCUGAAGUCAGAUGAGAUUCCUUCGGAGGGUCAUUUGAUAUGCUUCAGGGUAGGAAUUUUCUCUGCCUUGAAGUCAUAUUCUGUAUGUCCCCGGCAUCGAUAUGCCUUAGGAAUUUGUUGGCGGAAAAAGGCAGGAUGCGCACAUCCUAACCACUCGGGGAAGGCAAAACCAGAGAGAGCAGUGUCGGUGGAUAUGAGUCGAGCCAUUUCCAUGUAUAAUGGAAAAUUGGUGCCUGUUGGAUCAGGAAUUUGCCGUAAAUGUAGAUCUGUUGUCUAUGAACAAAUUUCCAAAUUAAACUUAGAAGAUAUUCCUUGUGAUGUUUCAGAGCCUGAGUGUAUAUCUGAAAACAGAGAAAAAAACAAUGGAUUGUCACAAGUUUCAAACAGCACAGCUUGCGCAAGUAAUAACUGCAGGGAAGAAAAAGGAGGACCAGAAUACUUAUUCAGACAAAGACCAAGCAUGCCUUGUAUUCAACAUAAUAACAACAGCCAAGAAUCAUCACAGGACUUGCAAAUGUCACAAACAUCAAAUUGGAGCGAUGAAAAUAUAGCUAUUGAUUUGAGCACGUGUAACACUGUCUUUGCAACUCUAAGUAAGGGGGAAGUAAGUCCUUUGAAAUAUCAACUUCAAACUAACUUCAACUCAGUCACUUCGACAACACAAAGAUAUGUGGAACGUAAAGCUGAUGAAUUAAUCUGUACUGUACUAAACGCCAUUGCACCAGGCCAAUCUAAGGAAUUAUUUGUUCAUAUGAUCAACAAACAUAAAAACAUAUCAGAACAUGCAAAUACUGAAGAUAAAUCUGUUGAAUGUAUGAUAGAUCCCUUAACUAAGCUGUAUGAAGAAACUAACAACAACAUUGUUAAAGAACAACUUCUUUCAAUCAUGGCAUCCUACACUACAAAAGACACUUUGAUGACCAAAAUUCCCGGAAUUACAAAAUACAGGGUAGAUAAAGUUAGGAAAAUGACUUUCCAGUCUAUUUACGAUCAAAAUAAACAACCGCCAUCAAAAAGAUUAAGAAUGGACCCUGUCAAACUGGAACACGCUUUAUCCUUUUUCUUCACGUCUGUAUUCCACCAAAUUGUUUCCUAUGGGACUAGAGACUUAAAAUUAGAGUCUGGUGAAUCAUUGACAGUCCCUGAUGUUGUCAGAACUGCUUGCCAUGCAACAAUGAUUCAAAUGUAUGAAAGCUUUUGUGAAGAGGAUUGUUUUACACCUUUAUGUAGAUCGUCGUUGUAUAACAUUUUGAAUGCAUGUGCUGCAUCUAAAAGGAGAAAUCUACACGGGCUUGAUAACAUAACAGCAGAUGGGCAUAGUGCUAUUGAAUGCAUAGAAGGUCUUGUUGCAGUUCUAGAAAAAGAAGGGGCAAUAACAACUGAAAAGAAGACAUCAUUGUUGCAGCAAGUAAAAAGUGGAAAAAAUUAUUUAAAAGGAGACUUUAAAUUGCAUGUAUCGAAGAGUUCUGAGUGUGCUGAUCAUUGCAUUAGAUAUGGAUUGAGUGACCCUAAAGAUGUAGAUUACAGAUCUGACUGUCCCCACGAGCAUACUGUUACAUGUGAUCGAUGUGAAAAUCUUGUCACAUUAUUUGAAGACAUUUCUAAACUAGAAUUUAAUAGUGCAGAAGAUAAUGCAGAGUUCAAAAAUGCAGUAGAGAAAAUUAACAGUUGGAAAUCACAUAUAAUGAGAACAGUAAACCAAGAUUUGAGUAGAACAGAAUUAUUUGACAUAUUACAACCACACCAAGUUCUUAUAGUAAUGGACUGGGCCAUGAAAUUUUUGCCAAGCUUGCAUCGAGAAAAACAGUCUGACUGGUUUGGUCAAAAGGGCAUUUCAUGGCAUGUAUCUGUUUGUAUUUUUGCAGACAGUAUCCAAAGAAAUAAUGAGCAGAAUGCAACAAACUUAAAGCAUCAAACAUUUGUUCACAUACUACAGAGUUCAAGUAAACAAGACUGGAUUGCAGUGUCAAAUUUCAUUGAGCAUAUAGCAAAUGAAAUUAAAACACAGAUGCCUCAGAUAACAGAAAUAUUCCUACGCUCAGACAAUGCAGGAUGUUACCACUGUGGAAAUCUCUGGAUCUCCUUAAAUGGAAUAAGUAGUCGAACAGGAUUGGUAAUAAAAAGAUAUGACUAUAGCGAAGCUCAAUCAGGCAAAUCUUAUUGCGAUGCCAAAAUUGCUCACCUUAGAAGAAAAAUAAAAAUGUUUGUAGCAAAUGGACAUAAUGUAACAACAGCAACAGACAUGAAGUUUGCCAUAGACGAAGGAGCUGGUGUAGCUGGUUGCCAGGUAGCAGUAGUCGAUAUUGAAACUACUAUAAGUGACUUAAAUAAAGUUAAGCACAAGUGGAUAGGUGUUAGCAGUUUAACAAAUGUAGAGUUCAGUGGCAUAUCAGCAAUUCAGUUCAAGGCAUACAAAAUAGGCGAGGGAAAAGUUAUGAAAGAUGUCAAUGCUCUUUGUUCUGCUGAUUUAUCACAACCUUCAUCCGCUUUGAAUGUUAUUGAACUAUUUGAAAAACCGAAGACAAAUACUGGUUGCAUCUCAAAAGCAAGAGACAUUCCACCUUCUUCUAACACAAAUGAACUGUUCUUAUGUACAGAAAGUGGAUGUGUAUGUUCAUUUCCAACAUAUUCAGCUUAUCAAACACAUAUUGACUUUGAAAAACAUAUUUAUAAAUUGGAAAAAAUGUCUACAUAUGACAGUAUCAAAGUUCAGUGGGCUGACUCAUGUAAUAACCAGUAUUCUUCUUUAUCUAUGGAGAGAGGAACUAGAUCUGGAAAUAAUUCAGCAUGUUUCUUAGAUCAAGGUUGGGCGCUAAAAAAGGACAGAAAAGUUGUAAGAUUUUCUGUUCCAGUAAAGGACUAUCUUGAAAACAUAUUUCUUGAAGGAGAGAGGACCAGUAAAAAAGCUAAUGCAAAUGUUAUUGCCCAACAGAUGAGAAAGUUAAAGAAUGAAGAUGGACAGAGAAGAUUUUCAUUUGAUGAAUGUUUGCAACCAAGCCAAAUUGUUUCAUACUUCUCAAGAUUGGCUUUGUUGUACAAACAAGGUAGAUUGAAAGAACGUGCUCUACAAGUGACAAAUAUCUCAGUGGAGGACGAUGACAAUUUAACUUCAAUUCUUGAAGAAAUUGAUAUUCAUGAGCUUAAGGAACAAAUAUCCUCAAUCUAAAGGACAGACAUAUAUUCACAUCACAUGAAAAGUCUUGAUGACCUGAACAAUCUGAAUGCUGUUAAUUCAUUUUAAAACUAUUCACUGGUUUUUAUUAUUUUAUUAUGUCAUGAGAUCGAUUUGAUAUAACAAAAUAAAAAGCAUUUUGAAAUCUGAUUAGCCUAUAAGCUUGCAGCUUUUCUUAAAUGCAAUGUUAAAUGUAUUGAUCUCCCUUUUGGUCAGUAAUUUUAAAUGCACAACAACAAAUGAAUGCAAUAAUUCAGGGUUCUCACUAAGGCGAGUCCGUGAGUCCUGGACUCAUGAAAAUCUGUCAGGACUCGUCAUUUUCAAAACUGGUGAGUCCAAAGAUGCAUCAAAAUUGUAAAUUGUUGUAUCAAUUGAACACUUAAAUCAUCAUUUUAUAACAAAGUUUAAAAAUAAUCUAAAUUUGACAGCAUUUUCUUGCUCUUUUUUGUCAUGAAGACUGGAAUAAUAAAUUUUAUACCAAUUAAAUUUUAUCUUCUCACUGUUGGACUCGCCAUGGCCAAAAAAGACGAGUCCCUGGACUCGCCUUCAAAAAUCCUUAGUGAGAACCCUGUAAUUUCUGAAUGUACAAUAUUCGUUUUCAAAUUUGUUAAAUGUUUAUUUUGAUGAAAUAUAUUUCACAAAAUGGGUUUUCACCAUGAUUUUUUUGUUCACUUAACAUGGGAAUAUGGUAGUCUUAUAAUAGCACAUUUAGAAAUAAAAUAAUUAAAUUUAAGAUACUAUGUACAUGUACAUUGUAUAUUACAAUGAAUUUUACACAACAUAAUAAAAUCAAUCAAAUCCAAGAACACAGCACAAUGUCAAGAAGUCAAACUCUAUUGUAGGGUUAUACCUAUUUUCUUUUACCCUCUCCUUAAAGAUUUUUUUGUUUUGAUAUGUUUUAAUAAAUUUUCCUUUCAAUGAUGUGCUGAGGGUAAUAGACUUAUGGAUAUAAAGGCCAAACAGUGUAAAUUUCAGAAGUGUUUACUGUUAAUUGUGUUGCUUGAAUUUUUUAUUAAUCCAGAUUUAGUAAUUAGCUUCAUUUUAACAUCUUUCCAAGAAAGGGUCAUAAAUCAGUGCUUUUAUUAAGUGUGCUGUAUAGCAUUUAUUCGUGUUACUGUUAUGAUAUAUGAUAUCAAUACAUAAGGGAAUUGUUGUUACUUGUAUACGUGUAUCUAAAACAUACCCUUUUUUCACAUUCUUUGUUGAAAUCCAAUUCGUUCUAAAUAUUAUGUCUUAAUUUGACUCCUUGCCACCUCAAAACAUGACUUUGUAGUACGAGUUUUCUUCAAUUACAAUUUCUAUUAUAUCAAAAAUAAAAUCAUAAGCCCAUAUAUAGUAAAUGAUGAAUAAAUCAUACUCUUUAUUCAUCAUAUAUAUAUAUAUAUACAGGGUGUUUUUAUUUCAAAAAUAUUGUUGCCAUAUAUCUCUUUACAAAAACAGCAUCAUAUUAACAAUGAUUAAAAGGAAAAUGAUUGGAAAAUUAAGUCUCAGGGUUUAUGCCCUUUGAAAAAUAGCUAUCUGAAGUACCCCCUGUCUUAGCAGGAUUUUUGGGGGAUGAUGAGAACCCAGCAAAUAAUUUAUUAUGACUUUACCUGGAUUUAUAUUACAGCAGCUCUAUACAAUAAAGAAUUACACUUUAAUAGAAAUAGGAUAUUAUUAUCAUUGUGUUAUUUCAAUUGUUGCCAUGCAAGGAAAUAUACUGUUGCUAUGGGCUGACCUUGUUGCUAAUAAAAUUAGGUAUUGUAUAGUUUACAUUAUAUUAAUAUGACUAAUAUCUUAUCUCUUAAUUGCCACAUUUUACAGAGGAUUAUAUUUUAAUAUGGAAAAACUAAGUUUUCUGUACUUUCAUUAUGGUUGCUAAGGAGUGAUUUGGUUGCUAGGUAAUGUUUUCCUGGUAACUUUUGGAUCAACUGACAACACAAUACAAUGAAAAACUUAAAUAUGUAAUAAUAACUCCAUGUUUAUGAAUUUACACUUUACUAUAGAAUAAAAUUUUUAUAAUUUUGA